AUGGGAACACUUUUUGCUGCCACUAUCAAUGCUAUAAAAGAGGGUGUUGUGGAAGCAGGUUAUUGUGAAGAACUUGCUGCACAUCUGCUAUUGCUUCAGAUCAAAAAUCAUAAAGAAAAAAGGGUAGAUAGUAAUUUUCCCAACAGUGCUGUAUUUAUGCUGACCCCUGUAUAUGCUGGGCUUGAAUAUGAAAAACUAUAUUUACCAUUUUUAUUAUUAUAUAUGUCCUUGGGUGUUCCUAAUCCUGAUUUUCAGAUUGUAUAUUCAGGAAUGGAACUUCGAGAAGAUGAAGAAAAGCUUGCAUAUGGAAAUUAUGUGGAAUCAAAUAAAAAUAGAAUACGUCGAAUAAGAUACCAAAUAUUAUUGGCAAUAUUUGGCAUUUCUGAUAAUAUUUUUGGAUGUAUCAAUGCAAAAAAAAGUCAGCUAUUGGUGAAUUUGACUGAUGCAUGGCCUGAUCCUAUUAAGUUAUAUACAAAUGAAGAGGAUGUAUAG